UGUCAUUGAUUUAUUUUGUGUGAUACAUAUUUUUUUUGUUCCUUCUUAUUUCUUUUUAUGAGUCUGCCAGCAGCACCAAACGAGAAACUUUACAAAGCAACGACUCGAGCUAACGACCUGUUUGAACGCCAUCUCUAUGCAGAGGCUAUUGUUGAAUAUACCAAAGUAUUGCAAGAGGUCGGCAGAGGAGUUGAUAAUAACGAAUACCUUGCGUUAAUAGUAUCAAAUAGAAGUGCUAGUUAUCUAAAGAUAUACGAAUAUGAAAAAGCAAGACAAGACGCACUUCGAGCUACUCAAUUUGCACCUCACUGGCCAAAGGCCUAUUUUCGCUAUGGUGAAGCACUGUUGGCUCUUGAUUUAUUUGAUCAAGCCAUAGAAGCCUUUAAGACAGCCAUGAACAAGGAAGACCCCAGUAAAGCCAAAUCUAUCUCUCAUUUUGUAUCUAAAGCAUUGAUUGCCCGAGACAACCAUGCCAUGGGCAUCAAAAUCGUUCAACUCGUCUCUGGCAGAGACAUUGCAUUUGAAAAGAGUGUGUUGAAUCCAAUUCAAUCCAAACUGUACGAGUUUGCCUCUCACAUGAAAAACAUUAUUCAUAUUAUUGUAGAUAUUCAAACUAAAAACUGUAUCCUUGUAGACGCGUGCUGGGAUAUUGAUGGUAUAUUAAAACACAUAGACGAUCAUGGCUACACAGUUGUGGCUACAGUUGUGACACAUUAUCACUUUGAUCAUGUUGGAGGAUCUCCACCUGCACCUUACGAUACCUUGCCCAUUAAGAUAUCUGGACUUGCUGCUCUUUUGAAAAAAAUACCACAUAUCAAAGCGUAUAUUCAUCCACUCGAUAUUCCUUAUAUUCAGCAAGCAAAUCCCAGCAUCCAAUUCAACCGUCUGGUACCUACAUUGACUGACAUUACGCAUGAAUUGAUUGUCGGUCAUAUUCACAUUGAAUUUCUGCAUACACCUGGACAUACACCAGGAUCACAAUCGCUCUUUAUUAACAAAUCAAGACUAGUUGCAGGUGAUACACUUUUGUGUAAAGGCCAUUGUGGUAGGACUGAUUUGCCCGGAGGAGAUAGAAAAGCCAUGGAACAUACACUUAGACAUGUUCUUGGCGCAUUAGAUGAUCGUAUUAUUGUCUAUCCAGGUCAUGAUUAUGGUACGACAUGGUCUACUAUAGGCAUUGAGAAAGAAAAUGGCUGCCUAGGUGAGGAUCUUGUUGGAUUUGGCAUGGCAACAACGACUGCGUAAUCUAGAGGUCAAAGCCACUGGUUUUUUUUUUUAUUUAGUCCGAAAAAAAAAGAAGCUAAAAACGUUUUCUUUCUCCCUUU